AUUUAAGUUCGGUAAACUACAUUUGGCCAUGAAGGGACAGCGGUAUGCCGACGAUAGGAUUCCCGGACAAUGAGCUAAAAUCAACAUUCGAAAAUCUUUUGGUCCGUGCAAAUCGUUGUAUUAACUCUGAAGGAGACUAAAUAAAUUCGAUUUUCCGAAACAAAAAAUGUUUGUUCAUUUUUUUCUUUGUCCUGAUUGCUUUGCGAUAGACCUUGUACAUAAUUAGUUUA